AUAUUGCAGUCUUAUAAAAGCUCUGUCGUUCAAACAUCUUAGUUCCGUUUAUCCCUCCUAUUGUAUUAGGGUCAUUUUUGACCUGAGACAGGUAAAGAGUACCGGAACCAAAUGUUGUGACUUUGUCAAGACCAUCAAAACAAAUAAAAAUGUAUGUUUGUAUUAAGAGAAAUGACAGUUUAAAACAAAUCGUUCCUUCCAUUGCCUUGACAGGUAAAUUUUGGUCCUUAUGGGAAGACCCAGUUGAGACCUUUUACUUUCUGACUUUUGGAUGUUAUACAGCUUUAUUUAGGUGUUUUGUUUUUAUUUUAUUUUUUAUUUUUAUAUAUACAUCUAUGAAUCAAAUUUGACCUUAUAAAUAUUUCAAUUUUUCUCAAAUUAAGCCCCUAGCCCGAUACUGUUCUCUAGCUCCCCCACUUGCUCCACAGUGGUACUGCAUCUUUCCCACAAAUUGCAAACUUUCCUCUCAAACGGGGUUUUUGCACACAUGCACAUGUCCACACACAGAGAGAGAGCAUUUUCAGUUUUAAACGGGUAAUAUGAUAGUAAAUAAGUUCACUGGCAUGAUUUCAUAAAAAAGGGUAUGGGGCUAAAGGCCCCCCAAUGGCAAAAGACCAGUUGGAUGUUAUUUUCUUCUAAAACAUUAGAUGACAGAAAGAACUAUUACGGCACAUUCUUAAACACCUGCAACAGUGCAACAAAUUGUUUGACAUUAGCGGGAAAAAAUGGAUUUGUUCAAAUGAACGUGGACCUAUUUUGACUGCUGGAAAAGGAAUAAUAACAAGAGAUUCAUUUGUGAAAUAGGUCAAAAAUGACUGAUGGACAAAAGGAGGAAGUUCAUUAUGGCUACGGAGGGGGACCCAACUGACUUCGUUAAAGUGCUUCAUCUUUUAGUGAUUUCAUUCACUUGGGGAAUGCAGGUUUGGGUGUCUUUCAUAGCAGGUUUUGUGCUGAUAUCUCAGGUAUCCAUGCACACCUUUGGUCUUGUGCAAAGCAAGUUGUUUCCAUUUUAUUUCUACUGUCUACUGGGCGGGAAUGCAGUCAACCUGGCCAUAUAUGCAGUGUACCACCCCAGAGAACUGCUGGACUGGCAUGAGGGCAUACAGAUGACUCUGUUCUUUGUGGCGGUGAUCAUGGCCGGUUUGAACACACAGUGGUUCGGUCCAUCGGCCACAGAGAGCUUGCUGGUCAUGCAAGAGAUCGAGAAGGAACACGGUCUGGGAGGUCAGGUGGGCAUGAGCUCCAAUAAGGAAGGAUACGCCAAACUCCGCGAGCAGGAUCCAAAAUACAAGGAACACAGAAGCACUUUCUACCGCUAUCAUGGUCUGUCCAACCUCUGCAACCUCAUAGGAUUUUUCUCCACUACCACAAAUCUAAUUUAUCUGGCUCUCCAUCUGGGAACUAUAUGAGUAUUUAUAUGAGUGUUGUGUGUCUUGAGAAAGAGUUUGUGAAGCAAACUGAAAGGUAUUUUAGAGAGUUCUCCUGUGCAUGUUCUCUCUUUCUCUGUAUAUUAUUUUGUAAGGUUGUCUUGUAUAACAAUAAUGCUUCUAGUUUCAGUACAAUGAGAGUCCUUAAUAUUACCAAUACCAGCAAACUGUGCCACACUGAGAAUUUUUAAGAGGUCACUAAAGCAGAAGAACCUAUAAUUUUCAUAUCACAAUUUUAAGAGAAUAUGUGAAUGCUGUGAAAGUAAUCUUUUACACUAUAACGCAUUUAUCUGGUUGAAAAUAAAGCAUAUUGCAGUUCAGACAUAGAAAAUAUAAUUUUUAAUGGAUGCAUGUAGUAUUUCUCCCUACUUUACAAAAAUAGUUCACCCAAAAAUAAAAUUCUGUCAUCAUUUACUCACCCACAUGUUGUUCUAAACCCAUGUGCCUUUCUUAAGUGAAACACAAAAUUAAAAAAAAUAGUAAUAAUAAUAGCAUAAUAAAAGUUGUCCACACGGCUUGUGUGCUAUAUUCCAAGUCUUUUAAUGCCUUACGAUAGCUUUGAGUGAAAAAGGAAAUGCCCCCCCUAAGUAUUUCAAAGUGGGUAAUUGCACUAGAUUUUGUUUAUAGUAAACACAAUAUCUAAUUCUGUUUAAUAAUAUAUCUGUUUAUGGCUGCUUUUACAUAUAUUUACAUAUAUUUUUCUGCUAUAGGCUGUUUGUGAAAAAUAAGAGGACCAGUCUUAUGCUUGUCAAUUACAAUGCAUUUAUGAGCCUGUUUACAUUUGCUAUUGAUUGAAUGACACUAAAAAGGAAAUUAAAUUGCAUGAAGAAGCAAAGCAGUAGAAAUGUAAACAAACCUUUGAUCGUCUUUGUAAAUGUAAUGUUUGAACAGCAAAAGUGAACUUAUUUCCUAUCAUCAGUGUGGGCAUAGAGACUCGUUCAACAUUCCUGUGCUUUACUGUGAUGUCACAAAAGUGCAGUUGAGUGGAAUGUUCUUUAUAUUCAUUCCAGCCUUUGUUUGAACUUCAAUGAGUGUACAUGUCUCGUAUUUCCUUUUUUCUAUCAGUUAUUUAGUUGAAUGUGUAUCAGUGUUUAUCCAGCUAAAAAAAAGAUCACUUUGAAUAAAAAGCUGUGCUCUGACAGAGUCCAGACCAGAUAUUAACAGACAUUAUCUCUUUGGAAAAAUAUCAGUCACCAGGAAGUGUAAAGGAGUAUUCUAAUGGAAUGUGGUUUACUUACUUCCGUGGUGUCUGCUAAACCAAACAGAUUAUAUUUCCUAUACAGACUAUAUUUGUAACCUGCUGUAGUCUGUUCAUGGAAACCUAACCCGUCUAUGUGCAUAAUUGUGAGUAAAACCUUUUUUUGUGUGUGUCUUUUAUAGGUGUGAAGGUGCACAUGGUAAUUCUGAAACUAUACAGUAUCUGCAUUUCCUGAGGGAAAUAUCAGUAAAUGCAAGUCAGCAAAAGAAUAGUGUUUUUGGUUAAUAAAUAAAUAAAUAUAUGUAUAUUG